CCUUGCAAAGAGUUCACCAUUGUUGGGCCAAACCAAACUCUCUCUCUCUCUCUCUCUCUCUCUCUCUCUCUCUCUCUCUCUCUCUCUCUCUCUCUCUCUCUCCACAUAUAUAGAGGUUAUUGAUUCAGGAGAUACAUCACCCGUCGGGUCUAUUUGCCAGAAGCUUUGGGAUCAGGAUCAGACCAAUUUGAAGGACUAGCUCUAGAUAUGAGAGGGUUUGAGAGGAGAGGCGUCAGGCAGUACAACAGGUCUGACGAGCCGCGGAUGCGGUGGACAGAGGAGCUGCACCGGCAGUUCAUCGAGGCUGUCGACUGCCUCGGCGGCCCAAACGAGGCAACGCCCAAGCGGAUCCUUCAGCUGAUGGGCCUGAAGGGAGUCAGCAUAUCUCACAUCAAGAGCCAUCUUCAGAUGUACCGGUCAAGCUCAAGCAACAACAACGGUGACACCCCAGCCAACACGUUUGUGAAUCGUCGUGAAGAUCACUGUGUCGAUGAUGGGUCACAAGAUAGGAACAACACGUUAAGUGCUUCGGACAUGAUCAACGCUUCUUCUUCUUACUCCGUGCCUAGCCGCGGCACCCAGCACGUCCACCGGUCACCGUAUCAAAUACCAUCGCUUGAAGUGGUUUUCAGGAGCUGGGAGCAGACUAUAGGGCUUCUGCCAUGGAACUCCAGGAAGCUAACUACCUCAAAGAAGUUGGUCGGUUGGCCGUGUCACGUUGAUGGCAAGACGCGUCAGACGGCGGCGGGGUGUGACUUGACGCUAUCAAUCGGCGGUUGGCCGGAGGAUGAGGCAGAGGCAAGCAGCGAUGCCGAUGGCUCCAGUACGACCACCGAGGAGGCCGUCGUGCUGGGGAGGAACCGGGGAACUGGUGACCACCGCUGCUCCGCUCUGAACCUUGACCUGAACCUCGACCUCGCCGUCUCAUCUUCUUGGCUCACCUGACCUGAUAAGCUGUGCUAGGGCCUGUGCAGAUAUGUAGAGCUGUAUUUGGAUAUAUAUAUCGUAAUGUAUAUAUUUAUGUAUCAUAGUAGAUGGUAGUAGCUAUACAGUAUAGUAAUUCAAGAGGUUUUUGCCGGACUGUCGUACCAUUUUAGCGC